AUGUGUGCUCCGGAAAAGCCAUCAGAGAAAAUGCUUGAAGUGUUGAUAAAGUUGGCAAGGGAACACUAUGCACCUAAAGUGUCGGUUGUACUGGUGAGAUACCGGUUCAAUACGGAGAGACAGAAGGUGGGGCAGAGGAUCAGUAGCUACGUGGCAGCACUUAAGAGAAUGGCAUCAUCAUGUAACUUCGGAGGAAAUCUGAAAGAGCAACUGAGAGAUCGGUUUGUGUGUGGAGUACACAACGAAAGGAUUCAGUGCAGACUUCUUCAAGAGGGAGAUGAUUUCACUUUGGAAAGGGCUGUCAAACUAGCAACAUCCAUCGAGACCAGCUAUGAAGGUUCGCUUACCUUCCAGCGAACCGAAACGACACGUGAGCAAGAUCGAGGAACCAGCCUCGAGGGAAGACUCCAACCAGCAAGAUCAGUCAGCAACAAGAGAAGCGGGCAGGAGCACUUUGUCUCUAGCCCAUGGCUAGAGGCAAAGUGCUUUAAGUGUGGACAAAAGGAACACUUCAGAAGAAAGUGUCAGAGCAAGAUCUCGGUACACAACGAUCACAAGUGCCAGAGGAGAGACAGACGAAAAGUUGUUGGGAUUACUGUGGUUACCAGACAAGACCACAGGAGGGAAGAAGUGCCCGCCAAUAGUAGUGGAGGCCAGAGUACAAGGGAGUCAUACACUGAUGGAGGUAUAUACUGGCGCAAGCACAUCCGUGAUGAGUGA